UUUGCAGCGCUAUUCUUUAUUGUCCGUCCCAUCUUUUGCUAAGUUUUAAGCACACAUGGCUUGGCAGGGUGUGAAAACACUAAUUCUGGUUUUGUGUUGCAUUGAUUUGGCUCUGUCACAGGGUUCAACGCCGAUCUCUACUUUAGAUCCUUCUUCAAGCAUAGAUGAUGAUUAUUCUGGUGUUGAAGCUGAUCACUCAGAAGUGGCAACUCAAGAGAGUGUACAGGUGAUGAAAUCAAAACUGGCAGUUUACUGUAACAAUGAUACUAUGAAAGUGAUUUUGCCAGCUGGUUCUCUCAGUCAGGUUAAGAUUUUGGGUGUUUCAGUAAUUGAAUCUGUGCUUGGGGCCCCAGCGGCCUGUGGAUACUCACUGACACAAGGCCAUGGCCAAAAUAUUUUGGUUGUUGACUACGCUGGCUGUCAUGUCAUCUUGGAGGAUGGCCAUUACACUCUGAGGGUCCUCUACCCAGAUGAAAACGGACAGUUGGAUGUCUUGUGAUGCAAACCAAAGUCUCACUGCUUCCCUUAAACAUCUGAGUGUGCAGUCAGAUCAGAUGCCAGUUUGUGCAAAACUGCCCCCUACACAACCAUCCAAGUCAUCACCUCCCCUUUCCCCACCAUAUCCACUGCUGCUGAACAGCACACCGGGAGGCUGCAGUAUCUCUGACAAUCAGAGAGUGUCGUGUGGCACCUCGGGUAUAACGCAAGACGAGUGCCUGGCCACAGGAUGCUGUUUUGAUGAGAUGACCUCAGUCUGCUACUAUCCCAUGUAUGAAUGCACUGCUGAUAAGAAAUUUGUCUUCGCCGUUUAUAAUUAUUUCACAAACAUCCCUGUGAACCCCAUGAGCCUGAUGGUUGCUGGAAAGACUGGUUGCAAGCCUGUUAUCUCCAACAAAGACUUUGCCGUCUUCAAAUUUUCUGCCUCUGAGUGUGGAACACAUUCUUAUGUCAUUGGCGAGACGAUAAUUUACCUGGCUGAGGUACAGACCAUAAUUAAAGUUCGCAACCUGAAGUACGGCAUGAUCUCCAGGGAUAAUCCAAUCAGACUGAUGGUUGAGUGCCGCUACCCAAGGGUUUCAGCUGCUCCCAUGUUUGCAGGACCUGUGCUUGCGAGUGCAGGAUACAUGGUUAUGAGUCUCAGUCUGCCUCCAGUCCUGGUGUCUGAAGGGCGGUUUGGAGUUCAGCUUUUAAUUUCUAUGGAUGAGACUUUCACUAAGUUUUAUCCACAGUGUCAUCAGCCCCUACACGUUCUUUUGGGGAAGUCUGUAUAUCUGGAGUUGCGUCUGAGGUCUCGAAAACCGGCAGCUACUCUUAUAGUUCACUACUGUGUGGCCUAUCCACGCUCCGCUCAGAGUGCCCUGGUUCUACUGUUUGAUGGAUGCCCUCAUCCUCUCGACUCUGGCAGCACCCCCAUCCUUUAUAUGAAACAUCUUCCUCAGAAUCGGCACCAGCGUCGCUUUGAGAUUAAAGCCUUUCAGUUCAUGGAUUUGUCCACCAAAAAAUACCUGAAUGAGGAGAUUUACUUCAUGUGCUCUACUGAAGUGUGCUUGCCCUCUGGGUCGCCUUGCACAGAGACCUGCUUCGAUGGAAAGUUUCCCUGAAUGAGGCGCAGGUGAACCACUGGCAAUGAGAGUGUGUGAAUCCUCUUGUAUUGGUGUUGUCUAACGUUGAAUAAAAUUUUAA